CAUGGUUCGAGUCUCACUCAAUCAUUGAAACUGGCCUAUGUGACAAUAUUGUGACUGCCGAUUGCACCGGAAGGGAUAGUACUAGUAUUAGUAAUGAUAGAUGCAGGGCCUCAUGACUCGUGCUCAUGGAUGCCAUCUGGAUCCGAGCGCGCUCAAAUGACCAAGCCAACUUUACCCCACUUGAAAACGAGUCUGCCGUGGACAGGGAACAGGACAUUACCAGUGGUGGGCCUCUAUAAGUUGCCUUAAUAGCGCACGGAUCGGAGAGGCGUUUGCACUUAUCAAAAACCCUGCGGCCUCAUUUCCAAAGCUGUGUUCGAUCUAUCUUGGCAAAGUAUUGAUGUGGCCGGCAUCACGUCGAACUGCCAUAAGGAACAAAUCACCUAAUUACUAUAUGUAACCUUCUAUACCCGUUCCGUCUUCCCCAUCCUUCCUUCUAUCCACCAUGUCGCCGCUCUCCAAGGCAUGGUCGUUGAUAGUGGUCCUGACAGCAGCAGCGUUUGUACCCAGGGGCGCCUUUGCGCAGACCUCCAAUGCAACAUGCGGGUCCUCCUUUGCUUGGAUGGACAACAGCCUCCAACAGAACCCUUGCGUGGUUUCUUCCUAUCUCGAGAGCGUCUGCUGGGGUGGAGAUUUUACAGUCAAUGCUUUACCUCCCGGCACCCAUUAUGCGGCUCCCACGUCCGCUGAAGCCAACCUUUGCGAAUGUAGUACAGUGACCUACUCGCUGAUUAGUGCUUGCGGCGCCUGCCAGAAUGCCACGUAUCUGAACUGGUCUCAAUGGAACUACAAUUGCUCUCAGGUAUACUUACAACAAUAUCCGUAUAACAUUCCGUCCGGCACCAAGGUUCCGAAUUGGGCAUACCUGAAUGUGACCGCAGAUGGGUUCGAUCCCGUCGCAGCGCAAAAUAAUGGAGAUACCCCAGAAUCUACCGCAACCAGCGUACAAUCUACUGGCUCGGUCGCUUCUUCGAGCAGCGUGCCUGCUUCUUUGACCAGUUCCUCAGGCACAGUCACAGGAUCUUCGACAUCAUCAACUGACUCGAAAAGUUCAAAUGCUGGAGCUAUAGCUGGGGGUGUUGUUGGUGGAAUUGUGGGAGCUGCAGCCAUCAUAGGCUUGGCGACGUGGUUCUUUAUCAAACGCCGUCGCUCCGCCACAGCGCCAUCGGCUGCUUUCAGCGACAUUGGCGGGGGUCCAGGCUACACUCAAAGCGUUUACUCCGCUAACCCUCAUCCAUUCCCAGUGCAACCACAAAUGACGCAACAACCGCGUCUCUACGACCCCUCUGACCCGACCACUUUCCCAGGUUCUCCUCCCUCCCCCACCGUCCUGACCACCGCGUCUAGCAACAUAUAUCAAAACCCAUCCAUACCGUCGCAUGUCUUUUCCCAACAGUCGCGCCCUGGCCAGUACAGUGGCACUCCCGAGAUCUAAGUGCGAGCUUGAAGAUAAUCGACGACCAUUGGAUGUAGUUGCCCCUCAUAAUUUGACGACCUUACAAUUAUAUAUCUAUGUAGCUACGUGUUCAUCUGUCAUUUCUUGAGUACAUAUCAUUGCACACUCACACUUGAACCCCGGUGUUAGUGUUUGAGCUCCCAGUUAUCUAGGAACUUUAUUGUCUAGUAGGACCAUUAUGAAAUGAAAGUACCGUGUACGGUGUACCUGAACAAA